AUGGCUUUACCCACGCGCGGACGCGUCAUCAUCGAGACGACCGUGGGGGAGAUUGACAUGGAGCUAUGGUCGAAGGAAACUCCCAAAGCAUGUCGAAACUUCAUCACUCUGGCCAUGGAAGGCUACUAUGACGGCAAUAUCUUCCACCGUGUCGUGCCUGACUUCUUGGUGCAAACAGGAGAUAGGACAGGGACGGGUGGAGGCGGAGAGUCGUUCUAUGGAGAGCCGUUCGACGAUGAGAUUCAUCCCCGCUUGCGGUUCGUACACCGUGGGUUGGUUGGAAUGGCGAAUAACGGCACUAAGAACUCCAACGACUCUCAGUUCUUCAUCACGCUGAACCGAGCCGACGAGUUAAAUGGCAAGCACACGCUGUUUGCGCGGGUCAUUGGGGAUACGUUCUUCAACGUACUCAAGAUCGGUGAAAUGGAGCUUGACGGCAAUGAACGACCUCUUUAUCCGCCUAAGAUCAAGAAAAUACGGAUUGUAGAUAACCCGUACGAAGACAUCGUUCCCCGAAUCACUGCCGAGGAGAAGCGAGCGCAACAGAAGGCACGAGAGCAAGCGCAACGAGAACGAGAAGAGGAGCAGCGACGUCGUGGUGCGAAGAAGGACGUCAAGUUGCUGAGCUUUGGUGGUGACGAAGAAGCGGAGGAGGAGCCUGUUGUCUUCAAGAAGAAGCCAAUCGUCCGUCCAGACUUGAUAGACGCAGCGGAUACUGCUGUGCCAAUACCAGGAGUGCCUGCUCCCGCCGCGUCAAAAGCGUCAAAACGCGAUCAGCCUAAAGACGACGCCGAUGAUCCUCCGCGCAAGAAGAGCUCGAAGAGGGACAAGGACGAGAGCGACAUCACGAAGAUCCGCGAGCAGCACGAGCGCGAGAAGGCUGCCGCGAGCACCUCGCGGCAGUCCGAGAUCGCGAAGAUGGAGGCGGACAUCCGCCGGCUCACGCGCCGGCCGGGCGACGGCUCGGACGACGACGGGCCCGCGGCGAAGAAGCCGAAGCGGUCCUUCCUCGAGGAGGAGAUGGCCAAGUACGCGAAGGGCCGCGGCGCGCACGCGAAGAAGCGCAAGGGCCGCAAGGACGAGGGCGACGUGCUUGCGGCGCUGAGCAGCUUCCGGACGAAGCUCAAGGGCGCGACGGCUGAGGAGGGGGCGCCGGGUGAGGGGGAGGGGGAGGAGGGAGAGGAGGGAGAGGAUAAGCCGGCGGGCGGGGAGGAGGCGGGGAUGGAGGUGGACGACGACGUGGGGUUCUUGGGGCACUUGCUGCAGUUCCCCAAGGGGAAUGACGAGGAGGUGGCGAAGGCGGAGCGCGACUACGAAGUCAUCGACCCGCGGCAACGUGGGGCACGCGCGAAGGAGGAAGAGCUGGAGCGCAAGCGGGCACAAAAAGCGAGGGACGUGGCAGGCGGACGAGGGUACCGGAGGUAG